GAAUCUGCAAAUCCUCCAAACACAGUGCAGUUUCUGUUUCUCCAACAGACAAAAUAAAAUGAGACAAUGCUCAGUUGGCAACAUGGGAAAUAAAGUAUCAUGGUACAUGGUAACCAAUAACUGUGGUAUUAUAUACCUGGUUAAAGUGUCCAAGUAGUCCAUGAUCACAUAUCUGUUCUGAGGUACAGCAUGAGAUGUAUAUACAUUUGAUCUGGCCUCAUCCUUAAUUCUGGUCAAGCUACUCAACUUAAAGGGGCACUCCACCAAUUCUACACAUAAAGAUCAGUUUAAAUUUCAUACCUUUCAUCAGCAGUACCACACAACCAGUGAAAACAGUUGUGUAAUGUCUUCUUUGGCUCUGGAGGAGCUUUGUCAAGUCUGAGAAAACAACCCUGAUGAUGUUAUCUCAGGUUGGGCUUGGACUUCAAAUUUAUUAUAGAAAGCAUGCGUUACAAUCUGGGGGCAUGGAGUUGAUGUAGGAGUUUCCAGGCAUGGAGGGCCUAAUGAAAAAAAGCCAUGGAAUUAUGGGAUCCAGUGUUUUUGGAGAUUGACCCUAAUUAGGGACAGAGUAUGGGGAUACCUCGGCCUCUGCUGCAUCAAUUUUGACACUUCUUUUUUAAUCUGUCAACUUUAUGGAAGUGCAAUGCUAAAUCACUGGAGUACCCCUUUAAGUUUUUACUGUAAACAAAGAGACACUCAAAUUGGCAGCUAAAAAUUGUCCUAAACAAAUGUGCUAUUUACUCCUGUUUGAGUAAUGUUUUCUAAAAAAUACAGCUGUUUCAGGACAUCACUGACACAUUUUUAAGAAUGAAAGCAUAUAUUUAUUAUCCAUUUUUAAAGAUGUACAUCUUCAGUAGUAACGAUUGGACUCAGGGCUGAGAGCCACUUGCUAGAUAAAAAUGUGUUCCUAAUUGACAUUCCCAACAUGGAUAUGCUUAGUGAAGGUACAGUAAAGAGAAAAUACAACCUCUGUAGAAUUGGACAGUACAAGUUACUUAUAUGGUGCUGCCAUUCCAUAUUUCCAUUGAACACCUGUUUUUAGUUUUCCUGUGAUCUCCUCUCAUGUUCCUGCUUUGACAAAAAAGAAAUGCCGACUGGUUCAUUCAGCAGCCCAAUUAGGACAUACAUACCUUUUCAAACAUCUUCUUCAGACGUGCACUGAGACAGGAAUUUCUCUCAGUUUAAAUUAGGCUGAAGGUAUAUGUGUCAGUUUGGACACCCACCUUCAUCACGCGUGACGGGUGACGUAUGUAUUAUGGGGUCUUUAAUAACAGGGGACAGAGUGGUCGGCAGGAAAUUAGGCAUGUGUCCUGGUGCUGUCCUGAGAGAAGGUGUCUCUCCUGCUGUUAACAUGCUAACCGCAGUCUUUCUGUCAACGCUCCUGAUGCUGGGGGGUCUAGGAGGGGCAGCAGCGUCUGACUUGCAGGUCUAUGGGAAAUCAAUCCACACUGAUAAAACUUUGCUGAGCAGCGAUGAUGGAAGACACACUGUGAAGAAACAGCCACACCAACAAACAAAAAGUGAAAUCCGCAGGAGUUUGGAUCUGGAUAGCUUUAACAUACAAGUGACCCCCGCCACCAGCAAAAUCAGCCUCCCGAUCAUCACCAAGCUCUACGCGCCUACUGCCCAACCUCUCCACCGGCACAGCAACAUGCCCAUGCGCUUCGGAAGGGACAGUAAUCCUGGUGAUGACAGGUUCCCAAACUCGACCCCCAACAUGCCCCAGAGGUUUGGAAGGUCUUGGGAAGAGAUCAAAAUGUGUCCCCAGUGCCCUGGUGUCCGAAAAGCACUGAGCCCAGUACUGCCUGAGAGAUUUGGGAAAAACACUCUGCACUGGAGCCUUCUUAGGACUCUCGCCAAUGCACAGUUAUUUAACACUGGCUUGCACUGGGCUGACGAUUUUGACUUUACAGCCAGCUCAGAAGAGGUGGAGAUGCAAGAAAAAACCUUUAAAGGACGAAAGAGGAGUACAUAGGCCAAAACUGAGGUCUACCAUAGCAUGUAAAUAUCAACAUACAGUGU